UACGCACCCCCAACAUUUAUUUACCAACAGUGGCCCCGCCGGACUUUGCUUGAAUAAUCUUAUCAGAGGAAAGAUACUCGCGUUUUGCUAAUCAUCCAAGCACGGAGCAGAUCGGCGGAAAACAAAUUUUCAGUCAAUACGUGAGGGUCCAAGUGUCACCACAGUUUAUUUUUGAUAAGUGAGUCGCAGGAAAAUGCCGGCUGUGUCAGGAAAAGUCAAUCCAGAUCUAUUGAAAGAGCGAUCUAAUUGCACCUUCAACGUUGAGGAGUUUGCAGUUUGGUGGAAUGGUGGCCCGGAAAAGCUAAAGGAAAAACGGGAAAUUGAAAAAGUUCUCCUAGAAGAUGAAAAAGAAGAUGAUGAUGUGCCCAUAUCAUAUCUCUCCCACAAAGAACUAUACGAAGCGAGUACGAAAAAGUCAGCUCGGCUCUACAUCAAACUUCGUCGGAGGUUACCAAAAAUCGAACUGAAAUAUGGAAACUAUGCUGAAUCCUUGGGAGCUCUACGAAAAGUUGUAAAUUUGAUGCGUGGUGCAAGUGCCGUGAGUGAGGGCUAUCCUUUCGGGGUGCAUUUUUCCAUGUUCCUGCCAACUAUAUUGUCACAAGGCACUGUGGAGCAACAAAAGAAAUGGGCACUAAAGGCUCUCAACCUUGACAUCAUCGGAACAUACGCUCAAACCGAAUUGGGUCAUGGGACGUUUAUACGAGGACUUGAAACAAGGGCUGAUUUCGACCCAAGAAAGAAUGAGUUUAUUCUAAGCAGUCCCACAAGAUCAUCAUAUAAAUGGUGGCCAGGUGGAUUGGGGCAUACAGUGAAUCAUGUCAUUGUUCUUGCUCAGCUGUACACCAGAGGCGUUCACCGUGGAUUGCAUCCAUUCAUUGUACAAGUGCGGGACUUAGAAACCCAUAAGCCUAUGCCAGGAGUUAUUAUUGGAGAAAUCGGACCUAAAAUUGGAAUGAAAGCUGUAAAUAAUGGUUUCUUGGGCUUCAAAAACGUUAGAAUUCCACUUGAAAAUAUGCUUGCUAAAAAUGCUCAAGUUGGCGCUGGAGGAGUGUUUACCAAAUCACCGGCGUCAGUAUUGACCUAUGGUACCAUGGUUUUCGUUCGCGUCCUCAUCGUAAGAGACGCUGCAAAUCAGUUAUCCAGCGCGGUCACAAUAGCCACUCGUUACUCCGCCGUUCGAAGACAAAGUCCAAUUGAUCCUAACAAGCCUGAACCUCAGAUCAUCGACCAUGUAACCCAACAAUUGAAACUAUUUCCAAAUAUUUCUAAAGCAAUUCUCUUCAAUAUUGUUGCUGAUAAGGUAUGGAAUAUUUAUAAUGAGGUUACAGAGGAGCUCGGAAGAGGUCAACUGGAUCGUCUUCCUGAACUACAUGGUUUAAGCUGUGGUCUGAAAGCUGUUUGUAGUGCGGACGCUGCAGCAGGGGUGGAAGUAUGCAGACUAUCUUGUGGGGGUCAUGGAUACAUGACUUCUUCCAAUUUCCCAUCAUUAUAUGGAUUUGCCACCGCAGCUUGCACAUAUGAAGGUGAAAAUACGGUUAUGUUGCUUCAAACGGCCAGAUACUUAAUGAAGGUGUGGAGAAUGGCUUUGGACGGCAAAAAGCUUAUGCCGACCGUUGACUAUUUGACUAAAUAUGUAAGAACGAAUCCCAGGCCUAGCAAGUGGGAUAAUUCACUUCUGGGAAUGAUCGACGCAUUGGAAUGCGCUGCUGCAAAUAAAGUUCGAAUAGCUUUCGAUAGUGUGGAGAAACGAAAAGCAGCUGGAAUGGGACCGGAAGAAGCGGCAAAUAUGACAGGAAUUGAGUUGACUCAAGCUGCUGUGCUUCAUACCCGCGCUUAUAUGGUGCGAACAGGAUACGAAGAAGUAAAACGAAUUACUGCCACCCUUUCGCCAGCCAUUGCGACUGUUCUGAAUCAGGUCUUCGAGUUAUUUGCAAUUGAUACUUUCUUCACUUGCAUGGGUGAUCUGCUGAGGUUCUCCGGCCUAACACAUACUGACUUGGAUGGUUUGCAAAAGAAACUCGAGAGUCUACUAUCAAAGAUACGAGUAAAUGCUGUGGGUAUUGUCGACGGUUUCGACAUCCCAGAUUGCGUUUUGAAAUCCACUUUAGGAGCAUAUGAUGGAAAUGUGUACGAACGCAUGUUUGCUGAAGCCCAAAAAAGUCCACUUAACAAAGAUCCUGUGAAUGAAAGUUUUCAUUUAUAUUUGAAACCACUGAUGAAAUCAAACUUGUAAGGCGGUAGUAUUUUUGCGUUUGGGGGUGUGUUGCUUAAUACUUGCUAGUUUUUAUCUUAGACUUCAUUUUUUCGUAUCUAAAGAGGGUUGGCAUUUAUGAAUAUUUGUUAAUAAAUAUAUUGUUAAUAAAAGUUAAUUCAGAUAA